CUCUAUUUAGCAACGAAAGAAGUCGUGUUUUGUAGUCGCAGUUAAUUGAGCAACAUGGGGUUGUUUAUACGUUCGCUCUUGGUCGUUUUGAUCGUGAAAGCUCAAGUUGAACUACAAGUUGAAGCUUCCAGACAUCAGAGAACGGUUUCAUGUAAUGUAGAUACAAAUGGUAAGGUAGACGAGUUAAGGCUUAUUGUAGAAAACUACCUAGUCAUUCUUGAAGAUGAACUCAGAAACACACAAGACCAGGUGAAAGAGCUCAAAGUAAUAAUGACUGAUAAUCAUGAAACUGUUUCAUCGGAGCUGGAGGACACAAGACGUACAAUGGCUGCAAUAUCAACCAACCAAGAAACAGCCACCUCUGAGCAAGAGGAAACACGUCGAAUGAUUAGUGAGUUGCAGACUGCAGUUUCGACCAACCAACAAAAGGUAACUGUCGCACUAAGAAACACAACACUUCAGUUAAAAGACACAAGACGUGAAAUGGGAGUCAUUGGGCGACAGGUGGAAGAGCUCCCUGAGUCAGUAUCUAGGUUGACGAAUAUCCAUGGAGCCAGAGAUUGUUCCGACGUGCUCGCAAGGGUUGAGGCACACAGUGGCGUUUACGCCGUAAAACCGGACUCCGGUAGGCCAUUCAAGGUGUACUGUGAUAUGGAGACGGACGGCGGAGGCUGGACGGUUUUCCAGCGGCGUCAGGACGGCAGUGUAGAUUUCUAUUUGGACUUUGCCAACUACAGCUGGGGCUUUGGGAAUCUAGAGGGAGAGUUUUGGCUCGGUAACGACAACUUGCACCGUCUGACUGCUCAGGGCGAGAACGAACUCCGCGUAGAUCUCACAAGCUUCCGGGAUGAAUCCGGAUAUGCCGUGUAUGAAUCGUUCAGCAUCACCGAUGUUAGCGACAACUACAGGCUGUCGUUGGGAAGUUAUUCGGGAACCGCAGGAGACGUGUUAUCAUACCACAAUAACCAGGCCUUUACGACCAAAGACCGAGACAACGAUGACUGGAGUAGUGUUAACUGUGCCCAGGACCGCCACGGAGCCUGGUGGUACAAUGCCUGCUACCAAUCCAAUUUGAACGGGAGAUACUUCAAUGAGACCACUACGAACAAAGAAGGAAUUAGGUGGUGGGGCUUUUCGGGUUCCCGCUCACUCAAAACAACUGAGAUGAAAAUUAGAAGGAAAGUUUAGUCCUUAAUUAAGGUGGAUACCAUUAUAACAAGGUACGCAGUAAUAAACAUCUCCUUAUUAAUCACCUAAUCACUUCAUCUUUUCUAGGUUUCUAGUAAUUUUGAAAAAAUAAUAAUUUUACCUGUACUUUGAAACCUAAAAAUGUAAAACAUGUUAUACAACAGUUUAUUGUGAAUUAACUUUAAAUGCAAUGGAUUAAAUGAGACAAGUAUAAAAAUCGUGACAUCGAGAUGCUAAAAUAUGCUAAUAAGGAAUGUCAGUUUAAACCCAAAACGACCAGUAUACUUAGUAUGUGAGACUUCCAAGUACAAACGCAUUGCUUAUAAAACUCUCAAGAUACCCUUCUAAAUAACCCGUUCUAAAUCCGACUCGUAUAAUGAGAGUGGAUGCUACAUCUUCACGAGUGUUUUUAUAAGGAAUGCGGUGGCUCGUUGAAUCGAUACAAA